AUGGGCGCACUUACUGAGAUGAGCAUCUUCCUGUCCGCACGCAUCAUGCCGGCCCUGCGGCCGGUUACGGUCUUGCUGGUGGCCGUCUUGGCUGUCGCCGUCGUGGCCCUGGCGGCCACGCCGCCGGCAAACGCGAUGCGCACCAUUGACGGGGUGACCUACUCGCAAGGGCUCAAGCUCGACGUGCACGUGCCGGAAAAUGCGCGUCGCGGCCUGUUCGCCCGCAAGCAUCCGGUGGUGCUGUACGUGCAUGGCGGCGGCUGGGUGAAGGGGGACCGCAAGCGGGUCUUCUCGAUGCCGCAAUGGCUGACCUCGCGCGGCUACAUCUUCGUUGCCAUCGACUACCGCAAGGUGCCACGGACCGACAUUGACGGCCAGGUGCGCGAUGUGGAGGCGGCCAUAAGCUGGGUUCGCCGCAACAUUCGCCGCUACAAUGGCGAUCCGAACCGGGUGGUCCUCAUGGGGCAUUCCGCCGGCGCGCAUCUGUCCGCACUCGUUGCGGCGCAGGGCAAGGCCAACGGGCUGCGCGGCGUAAUCCCCAACGACGUGCAGGCCUACGAUCUUCUGGCCUAUGCAACCAAGCGCGGCUCGAUCGGUCCGAUGUUCGGCACGGCCUUCACCAACGAACCGCCCAACUGGAUUCGCUGGUCGCCGGCCACCCAUGCCAAGCGCAACGGACGCCUGCCGCCGCACCUGAUCCUUUAUUCGCGCAGCCAGGGCGAACGGCGCCGUUCGAUCUCGAUCGGCUAUGCGAACCUGCUCAAGGGGCGCGGCACCGACGUGACCGUCUUCCACGGUACCGCCUAUUCUCACGGCGCCAUCGCGGCCCGGCUCGGCCGGCCGGGCGAUCGUGCGACCGCCGCCAUCGAGCAGUUUCUGGCACGGGUGACACGCUAG